AUGGCGGUGAAAUCUGAGAAUGGAAAGUCCACGUCUACUAAAAAGACAGGAAUUGAUAAGAAGGGCACUAAAAAGGCCACUCAGACUAAACUUACGUUUGAAGCUACAAGUCCAGUCAAGAGCAGCUGGGCUACUAUGCCUACCUUGGAUCCGAAAGAAGACCCGCAAGAAGCAUUUAAUAAAAUUGCAAAGAUGAGAGAGCUGUCCAACGUAUAUAUUGGUGCACAUAUAUCAGCCUCAGGAGGACCGGAACAGUCCAUUACAAAUGCAUUCAACAUUUGCGGCCAAUCGUUCGCUUUGUUUUUAAAGAAUCAACGUAGAUGGAGCUGCGCACCUCUGACUCCUGGAAGUAUUGACAAAUUCAAGGAGGGAUUAAAAGCACGUGGUUACGAACCAAAAUAUAUUCUUCCACAUGGUUCCUAUCUAAUCAAUAUGGCUAAUCCAGACCCUGAAAAACGUGAAAGAGCCUUUGAAAAUUUCAUGGAUGAUCUCAAACGUUGCGAGCAACUAGGAAUCUUGCUCUACAAUUUCCACCCUGGGUCCACAGUUGGAAUGUGUUCCAAAGCCGAAGGAAUCAAAAAUAUAGCCGAAUGCAUAAAUAAAGCCAUCGAGCUUACCAAUGAGGUCAAAAUUGUUCUUGAAAAUGCUGCCGGCCAAAAGAACGUUAUCGGUUCAAAAUUUGAGGAUUUGAGAGAUAUAAUUGCCCUCGUACACAAUAAAUCGAGAGUUGGAGUCUGUCUCGAUACUUGUCAUUUAUUCGCUGCUGGAUAUGAUAUUCGUACAGAAAGUAACUUUAAGAGCAUAAUGGAGCAGUUUGAUGAGAUUGUCGGACUAAAAUAUCUUUCCGCUGUUCACCUCAACGACUCCAAAUCGGACUUGGGAAGUGGUCUAGACAGGCACGAAAAUAUCGGCAAGGGAAAGCUAUCAGAAGAAACAUUCAAGUUUAUAGUAAACAGCGGCUAUUUUAAGAAUAUGCCCAUUAUUUUGGAAACACCAAUUGAGAAUGAUGAAAGUGUCUACAAGCGAGAGGUACUCUUUAUGUAUAGUUUACUCUCACUUAAAAAAGAGCCAUAA